AUCCAUGCGGACAAUUGCGUUUGGAGUUAGUACAUUAGAGGCUGCAAUAAUUAUCUUUUUUUAUUAAAUAAUACUCCCUCUGUCAUAUAAACUUCUGAUGGAAAAAGAUAUUAAAGUUAUGCUUAAAGAGUUAGUUUACUAGAGAAAGCAUCACGUCAAAUCCAUAAUUUGAGUAGUUUUAAUGUAUAAAAUGAGAUGAUGUUGAACAUUUUUGGAUGGAGAUUGAAAAGAACCUGACAGAAAUUAGAACGGAAGGACUAACGUUUUAUAUUAUUUUUGAACUAUAAGGGCAAAACAUUUGAGCUAAUUAACAGAUAGGUUUUCCCAACUGUUUAUAUCCUGUCAAAUUUGUAUGUCAGAAACAUUGACACUUGUAGAAACUAGCUGACUUCACAUAAAGAAGUAAACAAACAAACAAAAGCUCUCUUCGUAAAUGAAUUGAGGGCUUAAUAUUCAUUUUUCUUUUCCAGGGAAAUGAAGAUGGAAAAAAGCACGUGUAGCUUCUUGUGUUCACCUCCACCUUUGUUUGACUUUGGCAUAGCAUCGUUCAAAGUUCUUCUCUUAAAUUUUAUAAAACCCAUAUCCUCUUCUAUCUCAUUAUAUCUUUCUGGCCAUUGUCUGUGAACCGAUUGAGUAGGACCCAUGUUUGUCAUCCAACUACGCUCCCGUUGUUUAUCUACUCGCUUACAUUAUCUUCAUUUCCUACCUUCUGGUCCUUUUUCUUCUUUCAGAUCUUCUUUUUCAUCUCUAUCUAAGGCCAUGACCAAAAACUCUGUUCAAAAUGGAUACAAGGAAAAUCCUGUUCUCUUUAACUACCUAAUAAACACCUUGGACUUUCAAAAAUCUAAAGCCCUGUCAGUAUCCAAUUGUCUUCAUUGGAUCAGAAGUGUUGAAAAACCUGAAUAGUUGUCCAUUUUUUCUAGUCCGUUGGAUUCACAGAUGUACAAAUCCAAUCCACUGUUCAUUUUAUCCCACAAAUCCUCAUUUCCCAAUGUCGAAAAGAUAAUCAAGCCAAAGAUUCAGCUAUUGAAGAAUUGGGUAUCACUGGUUCUGAUCUGUGACACUGAUGUUUAAAGAAAAGCAUGGGUAGCUUCUGUUCUACCUCUGCGUAUCUUCGACUUUGAAUAGCUUUGUUCAAAGUUUUCUCUUAAAUCCCUAAAAGUUAUAUUUUCUUGUCUCUUUAAGUCUUUCUUGUUGUUUCCCGUGAACAGAUUGAGAAGGACUCAUGAUCUCCAUCCAACUAUGUUGCCGUUCUUUAUCUACUCACUUACAUCAUCUUUAUUCCCUACCUACUGGUCCUUUUUCUUCUUUCCGCAUCUCUCUCUCCUCUCUAUCUCAGGUGAUAACCAAAAGGUCUGCUCAAAAUGCACACCAAGAAAAUCCUGUUCUCCUUAACUACCUAAUAAACAAGUUGGACUUUCCAAAACCCAAAGCCCUGGCCAUAUCCAAUCGUUUACAUUGGGUCAGAAGUGUUGAAAAACCUGAAUUGACUGUAAACUUCUUCAAGUCCAUUGGAUUCACAGAUCCACAAAUCCAAUCUGCUGUUUAUAAUGCCCCCCAAAUCCUUGCUGCUGAUAUUGAAAAAAUACUCAAGCCAAAGAUCCAGCUAUUACAAGAAUUGGGUAUCACUAGUUCUGAUCUGGGUAGGCUUGUGUCCACAAAGGCGGUGAUACUAUUAACACGUAGCCUGGACAGAAUACUAAAGCCUUCCAUUGAAGUUCUCAAUAAAGUCCUUAUAAAGGGUCCUGAUAAUGGUGAUUGGUUCCGGGUUCUGCGAAGGUGUGAUUGGGUUAUUUAUGGACCUCCUCACUUGAGACUUGUUCCUAAUAUUUCAUAUCUUCAGAGCGUUGGAAUUGUUGGGUCUCAACUAUCAUCACUCUUGAAGAGGCAACCUCAUCUUUUUGCUAUGCCUGAAUCUAGGCUUAAACAACUUGUCUCUGAACUUAUGGAUAUCGGGUUCUCCACUGAUUCAAGAAUGUUGGUGCAUGGCCUUCAUACUCUAAGUUCUAUGAGUCAAGAAUCUAUGUCGAGGAAAUUGUUAUUGCUUCAGAGUUCUGGCCUCUCCAAAAGUGAGUGCAUGGUAAUGUUUAGGAGGGCACCAGCCUUGUUCCGAGUUUCAGAGAAGAAAAUAAGACUCGGACUAGAGUUCUUCUUGGAAAAAGUGAAGUUAAAGAAUUCAACUUUAGUACAGUAUCCUACUCUUUUGAUGUUUAGUAUGGAGGAAAGAGUGAUUCCGAGAUAUCAAGUUUUCCAGCUGAUAAAGUCGAAAAAGCUUAUGAAGAAAGACCCACAUUUUUAUGAUGUGAUGCGUGUGACAGAGCAAGUCUUCUUGGAGAAGUAUGUAUCAAGGUUUACAGAAAAUGCAGAGGAAUUGUUGAAGGCUUACAAGGGCCAUCGUCUAGAUUUAGGAGAAGAGUAAGAGCGUUUACUGGAAAAUUUCCUUGCAAUUUUAGAGUAAGACUUUACUGGAAAAUUUGAUGCGUUUGACAGAGCAAGUCUUCUUGGAGAAGUAUGUAUCGAGGUUUACAGGAAUUGUUGAAGGCUUACAAGGGCCAUUGUCUAGAUUUAGGAGAAAGAGUAAAGAGUGUUUACUGUAAAAGGCGUUCUUAUUUCUAUUUGUGUUGUUGCUUUGAUGAAAAUGAUGCCUGUGUCCUGAUAGAAAAGACCAGGAACCAGAAAAUAAAGCCAUAGUUUUAGCA